CCAAUGGCAGUGGAAGGCACAGAGUUUUUGGGGAGUGCAUAUAGUCAACAUAUUAUCAGAGGUUGCCCAGAUAUUGUUCCAGUAUUUGGUGGUUCUUCAGAUUCAGCCCCGCGCGCCUCCCGGCUUCGACCGUUUUCGUUUUAGGUGGAGACACUUUGACGCGUAAAAUGCCGAAGAGAAAGUCCCCAGAAGCUCCAGAGGGCAAGGAAGCCUCUAAAGUCACGAAACAAGAGCCAACCAGAAGGUCAGAGAGAUUGUCGGCGAAGCCUGCUCCACCCAAACCUGAAGCCAAACCCAAGAAGAACAUCGUUAAGAAGGUGGCAGAUGAAAAGGGGGCGAAGCCAAAGAAAGGAGGCGCCAAGGGGAAGAAGGAGGACGGUCCCGCCCAGAACGGAGAGACCAAGACCAAUGAGAUCUACGUGUCUCGCCCGUCUGUCAGUGUGUCCUCCAUCAGAAGCAUGGCUCCUUCCCUGAUGUCAGUGAGAGGGCAGAGUGAAACAGUCAGAGUUAACGGAAACUGAAGCAGCAGAGGAGGCCCCUGAAGAGAAGGCAUAGACCACCCCACCCUCUGAUUCCACGGCAGCAGAGCAUCUUUUUUUACCGACGAUUUUUGUACCAUGCUAAUUUUUUUUCUUUUCUAGUAGAAACGGACAACCAGCUUCUCUACGGCUUAUCUAUCUCUGAUUUAGCCCCUCCCACUUUUCCUCGCUAGAAUGAAGUGAAUCCGACAACUGCAGAUGUUCUUUUUGCCGGAAGGGGGUCAUAUAAGUGACUGUUAGACCUUUAAAUUUGAUCCGCCUUUGUUUGUGGUUGAUAAAAGACGUUUUUGGCCUCUGUAAAUGAGCGAUGUUUCAUUUUUCUCCCCCUUCCGUCGGUUCCGCGGUCGCAGCGCGGAACAUCUGCAGCUUUUCCUGAACAUUUUAGAAUCGCCGUUUUCCCUCAUAGCUCUGUUCGUAUGUGUGCCGGAGUGAAGGUGUUGUCUGUGUUCCUCUUUCCUUUUCUGUUUUUAUUUUUUCCUUCCCUAACGUCUUGUCCCGCAGCAGAGUGACAUAGCAAUAAUGAGUGGUGCUUCUGUUCUAGACGGCUCUAUUGGCUUUGGACCCUCUGGGCUUUUCUGAGUUUCAUCCUGUUAGGAGAAUAUUUUGAAAUAAAAGAAAAAAAUGUCGAUGUCA